AUGAGGUCGAUCUCCCCCAGGAAGAAGGCUCUGCAAGGGAAGAGACACAUCAUAUGGGGAUGGGACGCAAGAGGGAUGGCCUUCUCAGGUAGUUUUCCGAGAGAUGAGCGAGUGCAAUCAACUGGGCAAGCGAUGGCGAUUUCGUGGAGAGGUACCUAUAAAAGAGUCGGCGCCAAUCAAGCGAUAGGCUCCUUGAUAGUAUCAAGAGUUUUCACUGAGCCGGAGAGGGAAGAACUCUUGACAAAGCUGCAGCAGGUUGAGGACUGGAUGUAUGAAAGCCGAGAAGAUGAGACCAAGGGUGUUUAUAUUGCCAAGCUUGAGGAGCUUAAUAAGGUAGUUUAUUGCUUGUUCUCAUCCGGAGGAAAGAUGAAAGUGGUGAUUUCUUUCACAGUUGUUCUAAGUGGGAUCAAACUAUUGCAGCAAGGUGACCCAAUAGAGCAUCGGUACAAGGAGUCCAUCGAGAGGGGAUCCGUAAUUUAUCAGCUUGGUCAUUGUGUUAACAGCUACAGGGAAGCCGUUGUGGCUUGA